AAAUUCAUGACUUUAUGUUGAUUCUCGCUUCCAAAUACGUCAUAUCAUAGUCAUGGCGUCUGUCUUGGUUCCAGAGUUUGAAAGGCCUGGGUUUUCAUUUGAAAACUGUCAAAGGAAUGCUUUCCUUCAAAGUAAAGGGUUUCCUGUACCCAAGGCGGUGAAGACGGGAACAACAAUAGUUGGAAUAAUAUACAAAGAUGGUGUAAUCCUUGGAGCUGAUACCAGGGCUACAGAGGAUGUGCUUAUAUCUGAUAAGAAUUGUGCCAAAAUUCACUAUUUGGCCCCAAAUAUGUACUGCUGUGGUGCUGGUACAGCAGCCGAUACAUCUAAGACUACUCAGCUGAUUGCAUCUCAAUUAGAACUUCAUCGACUAAAUACAGGAAGAGUUGUUCCUGUUGUCACAGCAAACAGGAUGCUGUCACAGAUGUUGUUCCGUUAUCAGGGCUACAUAGGAGCAUCUCUUGUCCUUGGUGGAGUCGAUAACACUGGUCCACAUCUGUACUGUAUCUACCCACAUGGAUCAUCUGAUAACGUGCCGUAUGCCACCAUGGGCUCUGGUUCACUUGCUGCAAUGGCAGUGUUUGAAUCCACAUGGAAGCCAAAUAUGAAUGAGGAGGAGGGGAAACAGCUGGUAAGGGAUGCUAUUGCAUCAGGUAUCUUCAAUGAUCUUGGAUCUGGCAGCAAUGUGGAUGUCUGUGUUAUCCGUAAAGGGAGCGUGGAUUACCUCCGCCCUUUUGAUCAAGCAAAUGUCAAGGGAAUCAGGCAGGCAUCAUACAGUUACAAAAGGGGUACUACAGCCGUAUUGUCCAGCAAGACUGUGCCUAUUGACAUUGAAGAAGUGUCAGUUCGCACAAUUGAGCCAGCUGAAUCAAUGGACACAUCCAGUUAAUCUUCACAUCAUAAAGGGAAUAGAACUGCUAAUCCACUGUUUUGGGAUGUAAUCUCUUUUCCUGUCUUUGAAGCACUUUAUCAUAUAAUAAAGUAAUUUCCUAAAUUA